AUGCCCAUAUAUGGUAACGUUUGUCAACGCGAUCGGUGGGGCGGACGAGUCCAAGAACGCUUAUCCAAGGGGAGGUCACCGACACCAGCAGCUUGUUUUCUUUUCAUUGGCCUUUCAAAUUGCAGCAGAAAAAAUUUGAAAAAUCUACCUUCUUCACCUGCCGAUUUCGGACAACCGUACUUCCUUGAAUUCGCAACCGGCUUCUUUCCCAUUCGAUUGUUGUACGCUCUUGUGACGUUUGCUAUUGGUUCGAUCUAG